AUGUCAGACGAAGAAGAACUGAAUAUUACAGUUGCGAUACGUUGCCGAGGGCGUAAUGAAAAGGAAAUAAAGGCAAAAAGUUCAGUUGUGGUAUCAGUUCCAGAUGUCAUGGGUUCAAAUGAAGUGUCGUUAAAUACCACUGGAGAUGUUGGUAUCGCAGCACAAAUGAACUCUAAAACUUAUACAGUUGAUAAGGUUUUUGGCCCUAGUGCUGAUCAGCAGCUUAUAUUCAAAGAGAUUGCAGAGCCCUUGUUCCAUGAUUUCAUGAAAGGUUAUAAUUGUACUGUGCUAGUAUAUGGUAUGACAUCAACAGGGAAGACUUACACAAUGACAGGAGAUGAGAGGCUAUAUGACGGCGAAUUGAGUGAAGCAGCUGGUGUAAUUCCUCGGGUACUAUUCAAGCUUUUUGAAGAAUUAACGAAAGAAGAUGCUGACCAUAUGGUGAAGUGCUCAUUCGUCGAACUUUACAACGAGGAGCUUAGGGAUUUGCUUGACGAACCACAGGAAACAACUCUGUUAAAAAAACUAAGAAUUUUUGACUCAAAUUCUAAUCUGGGUAGCAGUCGAGCGGGCUCGAGGAGCAACUCUCCUAGAUCUUUCGAUGGGUCAACUUCGUUGAAAAGAAAAUCAAAACAGCAACCGCUUCAAAAGCAAGUAAAACAUAUAUUACAAAAGAGCCAACAACCAGCAGAUCAAAAUUCAGCUAUCUAUAUUCAAAAUCUGCAGGAAUUUCAUAUCAUGAGUGCCAGAGAAGGAAUAGGGCUAUUACAGAGGGGCCUGCGACAUAGACAAGUUGCUUCUACGAAAAUGAACGAUGUUUCAAGCCGAUCACAUACGAUUUUCACGAUAAUGCUGUACAAAAAGUGCGAUGGAGAAGCAUUUAGGGUAUCAAAAAUGAAUCUUGUCGACUUAGCAGGAUCUGAAAACAUAAACCGGUCGGGGGCACAAAACCAACGGGCGAAGGAAGCUGGCUCAAUUAAUCAAAGUCUUUUAACCUUGGGGCGUGUCAUUAACUCCCUGGCGGAUAAGAGCUCCCAUAUUCCAUUCCGUGAAUCAAAACUGACGAGGUUGUUACAGGACUCAUUAGGAGGCAACACCAAAACAGCACUGAUCGCUACAAUUUCGCCUGCAAAGAUCAAUUCAGAGGAGACUUCCAGCACUCUAGAAUAUGCUACAAAGGCCAAAAAUAUCAAGAACAAGCCGCAGUUGGGAAGUUUUGUGAUGAAAGACGUUUUAGUAAAAAAUGUAACAGCAGAACUAAUCAAAAUAAAAUCGGACCUACUUUCUACGAAGUCAAAGGAUGGAAUAUAUAUGAGCCAAGAACACUAUAGAGAGCUUACAAAUGAUCUGGAAAAUUACAAAACGGAGGUUCAAGAGUGUAAAAGGGAACUUGAAAAGUUGGCCUCUCAAAAUUCCCUUUUACUUAAGGACAAGAAAACUUCAAAUGAACUGCAUGAGCUACAGCGGUUAAAAAUUUCAAAACUCGGCAAAAGUAUUGAAAUCCUCUAUGACAAGAUAGAUCGGCAGCAUAAAAACGAACAGGAGCUUGUUAAUGCUGUUCAGAGAUUGAUGCAUGCCAUCAAUAUCAUGCAACAAUCCUUGCGUGUGUAUAAAGAUAAUGGGCAAAAGUUUCAAAAUGAAAUGGAAAAGGUUCUGCGUCUAAAGAUGGACUCCUUUAAAAAUUCGUUAAGAAAUGAAAUUGUUCAAGUGAAACAAAAUUUAACUGAAGAAAGUACUAAUAUUGACCCCAAUAUUGAAAACAUCGUUAACGAACUAGAUGUUAUACUUGAAUCUGUUCAAACCUCGAGUAUUGAAAUCUGCCAAAAAUUUAUCGAUGGCGUGUUGGAUCAAACGCCAGAUCAUUUCGAAACUAUAUCCAAAGAAGUGAAGAACGUUAGUACAAUUGUUAAUUCUUAUUCAGUUAAGCUCAUGAGUCAUUUGAGUAGCAUAAGUGAAGAAUAUAAUCACCUCAAGGAAUACUUAAACGAUCACUUUUUCAAGAACAACUUUCAAGAAGCCUUGGACGUCCAUGUAGAUCGAACGUAUCAUCAACUUAAGAUCACAGCCAAUGGUUUAAUUGCAAAAUUGCAAGAAAGUAUGAAUGAUCAGUUGGACGAAAACCGAAACAAUAUGAUGAAAAACUUGAAAAAUGCUGCAUCGGGUGUUGUAACAAGGGAAAUGGGGCUACUUGAACCGGUAAAAAAAACUUGGGAGGCAUCUUUAGAAAAUAUCAACCAAUGCGAUAAGCUGAAUCAUGAAUUUGAGAAUGAUAUUAAUACUGCUGUCAAUGGGCUUCAUAAUGAUAUAAACAACGCCUUGAAAACUACGAAUAUUGCUGUGGCAGAUGUUAAAAAGGGCAUGAAGAAAUUUGAAGGAAUCUCAGGUAACUUGAGAAAUAACGAAGCACUUUCGAGCAAUAUACAGGAAAUGCGAAAAAAACAUGUCUGGCUUAAAGAUCAAAUUAAGCAGCACACGGAAUAUAUGAAUACAGCCAAAUUUAAGCUAGAGGAGAUUGAUCAUUCGAUGAAGGACAUAUUGAAUAUUCAGAGUCUUUCACCAAAAGCAGAAAAUGACGAUUCAGUCGAUUUACUCUUGCAGCAACUUAAGCAAAAGCAACUAAAGCCUGUUGGAUCGACCGGAAAGACACCGAUGCGAACCUCCAGCUGGUACAAUUCGGGUUUGAAUUGCAGGGAAGAUGCCGAGGAUCGUUCGAACAAAGCUUCACCUAUAAAGACCUCUAGAAGCAAUUCCAUGGCCGCAUCGCCGUUGAAAAGAACGCGACAGGAGGAUGAUCACCAUGUUUCUAAGUCACCAAAAAUAUCGUAG